CGAGCUGCAGCCUGACCAGCAGGAGUAGACUUUUGCGCCCACUACCCUGUGCCUGAGUGUGACUGGGGCGCGCGGCGCCUGGCUCAGCGAUCCCUAGAGCUGCGCCAGGCCGGAUGCAGGCAUCCUGCAUCGCGCCGAGGGCCCUGCCGCUGCGCCCGGGUGGCCAGCCGCACCUCUUCGGUGCCAGCAGCAGCGGCAGCAGCAGGGCGCCUUUGGGCCCACCCCAGCUGCAGCGCGACAGCCAGGGACGAGGGCUGGCGCAGCUGGUGGCGCAGGCGGCGCGGCGGGAGCAGCAGGCGGGGCUCAACCGGAUGGAGGCGGCGGUGCCUCGCGAGCAGCGGCCAGUCAACGAGCUGCAGCAGCUCAAGGACACGCCACUGCUGGCAUGGGCAACACUGGACCUGCCCCAGUAUGCCCAGCGCCUGCUCAUCCUCUACGGCGGCGUCUUCCUGCUGCUGGGAGGUCCCAUCGCGGCGCAGACAUUCGACCCGCUGGAUCAGCCCCUGGAGUUCUUCCUGUCAGGCUCCACAGGCUCGCUGCUGGUGGUGGCGGUGGCGGCGCUGCGCAUCUUCCUGGGUUGGAAGUAUGUGGGCGACCGCCUGCUGACCGCCAGCCUGGAGUACGAGGAGACGGGCUGGUACGACGGCCAGGUGUUUGUGAAGCCGCCAGAGGUGCUCACCCGGGACCGCCUGCUGGGCACCUAUGAGGUCAAGCCUGUGCUUGCCCGCCUCAGGACGACGCUGCAGGGCGUGGGCGUCGCGCUGAUGGCCACAGCCGUCACGCUCACCGUGCUCAUCAACUCGCAGCUGGAUGCCGACGGCGCGUACGGGCGCGGGUCGGCGCGCAAGCUGGCGCAGGUCACCCCCACGGGCAUCCUGUACAGCUCCCGUGUGAAGGACAUGGCUGACCUGGCGGCCGAUGACGAGGCAGCUGAGCUAGAGGCGGCGGCGCAGGGCGGCAUCCCGGGGUACUGCGGGGACCGGUACUUCAAAGCCUUUGCGGGCGGCGAGCGGGUCUGCGAGAAGUUUGAGAAGCGGCGGUGAUGAUGGGCGGCCCGGCGCUACAGGCCGUCGCCUGAGGCCCUAGCGCCCUGACCCAACCUCUUCCUCUGUGCCGCGCUUGGCUUUCCCUCCCGCUCCCCUGUCCCAUACUCCGCCCCGUUGCAUGGCCUGCCGCUUCGGGCGCCGCCGCUCUGGCUGCCUGCGUGCUCCUUCCUUGGUUGUAGAUUUGAUUUGAUCCAAUUGCCUGCUCGCGCCUCUGAGCCCCCGUUCGAUCCCUCAGUUUCCUGCUCUGUUUCGCAUGAUCGUUCGGCAGGCUUGGUGUAACACCAGC